CUUUAAAGGUGCCGCAAGCACCUUGUGCGUUCUGAUUGUUAAUUGUGAUUGUGAAGAAAGCAGCAAAUCCGUAGAUUUAUCGCGUACUUAUAAUUCAAUUUGAUUGAAAAUUUAAAUAAAUAAAAAUUUAAUUGAAUAAUUCCAAAAAGUUUAUGCAAAUAAAUUUAACAUAAUAAACCACAACAAUGCCUUUAACAAUGGCUUUUAGCAGAUCUUGUCUGCAAUGGACUGUGAUCGUUUUCAACACGCUGAGUUUGAUUAUAGGCAUACUCUCAGUGGUCGCCUGCAUAUAUGAAUUGGAGAAAUUCACAGAGGGCUCAGCUGAGCACAGAGAGAAGCUUGUUCAGCUGGCUUCCGUUAGUUUGCUGGCGCUAUCUUCAUUUGUGGGCUGUUUGGGCGCGAUGAAUGGAUCCGUUAGGAUACUCUGUUGUUAUGUCACAAUGCUAAUAGCCAUGAUAGCUUCACAUAUAUGGAAGUUAUACCGUUAUAAUGAGACCAAACAAAUGGCAGCAACAGAGAAAAUGCUGACCGCGGCCUGGAUGUCGGAGCUUGUGAAAAAAGGCGCCAUGAAUCCCAUACAAGAGACGUAUGAAUGCUGUGGCGUUUCGAGUAGUUUGGAUUAUGUGAAUCUCAAUGUGAAAAUACCGCUCACUUGCUAUCGUUCUCAAAGCGGUUUGCGCAGCAUCUAUCCUUAUGAUGAAGGCUGUUUAGUGGCGCUGAAGCGUGCUUAUAUGGCUAUUUAUCGCUAUGAGCGUUUGGGUCAUUCGCUACUCAUUGGCUUUGAGGGUAUUGGCAUAUUGAUAUCUCUCUUACUGAUCUGCAAGUUGCUGACAAAGUCACGUAGAUAUAGUUACUAGCAUUGUUUUUUUUAUAGAUCUAAAUAGUUAUGUAAGAUAAAGUAACCUGGAAAUAUACAAUAUUUAUUUUAUAAUAUUCACA